AGAGCCUGAGAGCUGCCUUUGUUCCACUUGUGUCUGAACGUUGGAGGAGAAACAGCAGGCUACAGUUUUUAUUAACUUCUUAUUUUCAUAAGCAUAAAACUCAUGUGCACUGAACUUUUUCCUCACCUGAGGUCUUUCAACUGACUUUCAAAAAAUGCUGUCAUGGCAUGCCUGGUGGACCUGGGACUUGCUGCUACUGCUCUUUGGCUUGUCAAUCCAUGCUGGCUCAGCAGCUCAGAUCAUAGAAGAACGAGGCUCAAAAGGACAUCUUGACCUCACGGAGUUAAUAGGAGUUCCUCUUCCUCCUUCCGUCUACUUUGUCACCGGCUAUGGAGGGUUUCCAGCUUACAGCUUUGGUCCAGAUGCUAACAUCGGUCGAUUGACAAGUGCUAUAAUACCAUUGCCUUUCUAUAAAGAUUUUGCUAUUGUAGUUACAGUGAAACCAAACAGUGAUCAUGGAGGAGUGCUAUUUGCAAUAACAGAUGCCUUCCAGAAAACUAUUUACCUGGGAAUGAGACUUUCACCGGUUGAAGACAGCACCCAGAGAAUAAUUGUAUACUACACAGAGCCUGGUUCCUAUAUCUCCCGAGAGGCUGCUUCAUUUAAAGUGCCAGUGAUGACUAACAGGUGGAAUAAGUUUACAGUGACUGUUCAGGGAAAUGAUGUUGCUUUGUUCAUGGACUGUGAAGAAUAUCAGAGAGUUCAAUUUCAAAGGUCAGCUCGAGCUUUGGUAUUUGAAUCUGGCUCUGGGAUAUUUGUUGGUAAUGCAGGAGCCACAGGAUUGGAAAAGUUCACAGGCUCAAUUCAACAUCUGACAAUCAAAUCUGACCCAAGGGCUACUGACGAUCAUUGUGAAGAUGAUGACCCUUAUGCUUCAGGGGACAUCAGUGGCAAUGGCAGCACUCAAGAACAUGAAGGUAUUUCUGAGACACAAGAAGUCCUUGCACCUUCUCAUCUUCCCAUAAGGCCUGAAGAUACAUUGGCUGAGCCAGUGGAAGCCCCCCCAACUGUAUUGUCUUAUUUGGAAGAAAAUUAUUUCUCCGGAAAUCACAGAUCAGAAGAAACCUCUGAAGCAGCUAAACUUAAAGAACAAGGCACUGUCUCUUUUUUUUGGGGGGGUGGGGUCAUUUAUGUUCUCUAG